AUGUCCAAGUUCAAGCUUCUACAUUUUGCCUAUAGGAUCAUAUAUCUCAUUUGUGUUCCAAUUUUUAAAUUUCCAGAGGAGGAAGAUUUCAAUAACAAUUACGAAUCUUGCCAAAGUAGGUAUGAAUCUGGAAGGUAUCGUAGGGAAUCACUGCACAAACCUUCGUCUUACCUAAUUUCCAGAUUAAGUGAAUACGAAGCACUUCACACCCGAUGUGGACCACAAUCAGAAGCCUACAAGCAAAAGAUAAGAGAAUUAAAGUCUGGUCGUGUGAGCAAUAAUCAUGACGAUGAAUCCUCAGAUUGUAAGUAUCUAGUGAGGAUACCGGCUGAUGGGCUAGGAAACAGAAUGCUGAGCCUAGCAUCAGCAUUUCUUUAUGCUCUUCUCACAAACAGGGUCCUUCUAGUUUACGACAACAAAAUCGACAUGUCUGAUCUCUUCUGUGAGCCUUUUCCCGAAACCACAUGGUUACUUCCUAAGGAAUUCCCUCUUUGGAAUCGGCUUGACUCGUUGAAUCAACAUUCACCAGAAAGCUAUGGCAACAUUGUGAAUCUUUCGGAAAGUUAUUCUUCAUUAUCAUUUAUAUAUCUUCAUGUCUCUGGUGGCUACAAUGAAAACGAUCAACGUUUCUAUUGUGAUGACGAUCACGUAUUUCUAGGAAACAUUUCUUGGGUAAUAAUGAAAUCAAAUUUCUACUUCAUCCCGUCUCUGUUCUUGAUCCCGUCAUUUGAACAAGAACUAGCCAAACUUUUCCCUGUAAAAGAUACGGUUUUCCAUUUCCUAGGUAGGUACCUGUUCUUGCCCUCAAAUCCUGUCUGGGAUCAUAUAACCACAUACUAUCAAGCUUAUCUAGAAAAAUCAGAGGAAAGAAUCGGCGUCCAGAUCAGAGUCUUUACUCGUAAUUGGGUCAAAAUGAUGUUUAACACUAGAUGGGCAGUUCAAACCAUACCAGAGACAGUAUUAUCCUGUUCGUUAGCAAAUAAGAUGCUCCCGCUAGAAAUGAAUACAAACAAAUCGUUAAUCGUCUCACAGGAAGACCAUAAGUCUAUAGCUGUUCUAGUGACAUCUUUAGAAUCUGAUCAUUUUGAGAAGAUAAAAAAGAUAUACAAGAAAUAUACAACUGCUGAUGGAACGGUGAUUAAAGUUUUCCAUCCAAGUUCUGAAGGGAAACAGAGAACCGGGAAAAAGUGGCAUAAUAUGAAAGCAUGGGCAGAUAUGUACUUACUGAGCUUGUCGGAUAAGCUGAUCACUAGUCCCGGGUCAACGUUUGGUUAUGUGGCCCAAGGUCUUGGAGGAUUGACACCAUGGAUCUUACAUAUGCCCGUUAAUGAGACAGUUCAAAAUCCUCCAUGUAAUCGAGCCAUGUCCAUGGAGCCUUGCUUUCAUGUUCCUCCUUUUAAGGGGUGUGGUAAGAGAUCUGGGAUUGACACUGGUUCAAUUGUUUCUCACGUUAGACAUUGCGAGGACAUAACCUUUGGACUUAAACUAGUUGACCCUAGCCGCUUAUGAUGCCUCUGAACUACAUAAUCGUUAAUUCAUACAAUGACCAAGAUUUGCUUUGAAGAAAAUGCUCGUUCGAUCAGUUAAGUCAAUCUCAAUUUUGAUUUAGGUUAUAUUCAAGUUUGUUUAGAAAU